AUGAGUUAUUUAGUGAUUAAGCAUAAUUAUGAGGCCGAUAAAAAGAGGAAGAAAAACGAGGUAAGGAUUCAGAGAAAAGUGGAAAAGCAAAUGUGCGACGCUGCACCCUCUUUUGCCAGAAAAAUCAGUGAACAUCAAAUAAAACAGUUUUCUGAGGACUUGAAAGCAGCAAAAACAAAGACCCGACCAAUGCUUAUUGAUUUGUUAGAAGGGAAUGAAUGCAAGCCCAUUGUCACUCAAGACAUAACACUAAGGGAAAAUCGAGACAACAUACUGAAGGAUCAUGAUUAUUGUUGUCAUUCAAACAGAAAACGUCAAAAUGAAAUUGGGGAUGCAGAUAGUGGCAUUGAUCUUCCUUGCAAAAUCAUUAAAAUGGAAAGCGUUAUUGAGCCACUCGAUACAAAUUUUGACAAUAGAUUUUGCUUGUCUCAUUGUGAAGCUGUCCAAGUUGAUGCUCCUGACAGUGAGCGAUCUGUUACUGAAGAUGAUAACCAAGAAUGUGUACAAUACCUUCCGCCCGAGAACCCGUGUAUAAACACCAGUUUCCCUUACAUUGAAAAACAUAUUAUUUCUGAGUGGAAUUUUCCCGAAUCUUAUUCUGAUGAUUAUGAUUUGAAUGAAGAAAAUUUCAGAAAGGUGUGCACUGAGGUUGUUGGAAAACUUAGUAUAACUGAGACUGAAAUAUUUGAGAUAGAAAUACAAACAAGGGGUCAGUCUGAAAAUACACAGUGGUUCAAAUACAGAUGUGCACGAGUAACAGCAUCCAAGUUCGGGGAAAUUAAGAACAGAAGAUCCACCACUGCACCUGAUCGCUUGAUACGUGAUAUUUUUCAGUACAAUCCAAAAGGUAAAACACCCCAUCAAUAUCAAGAAGGUUUAAGGCUUGAGCCCAUAAUCAAAGAGAAGUAUAUAGCCAAGGAAUCUGAAAAUGGCCACACUGGAAUAAAGGUAUCUGAAAAAGGAUUGAUCAUUGACAGAAAAAACCCUUUGCUUGCAGCUAGUAUUGAUGGUGAAGUUUAUGACCCGACAGCAAAGCACAGUCCAGUUGGAAAUCUUGAAAUGAAGUAUAAACAAUUUCCCAGCAGAUUAUGUACAGAACAGAAAAUUGAGGACAAUUUAUUACAUUUCAUUGCUAAGCAUGCAAAAGACUCAUGUCUUCGAAUAACCAGUAAUGAACUUAAGCUCAAAACUCGUCAUCAUUACUAUGCCCAAAUACAAGGAGGUAUGGGUAUUUCAGGAAGGUAA